AUGUUUCUUAUAAUCUAUUCAGUAAUCAUUACUAAGAAAUUCCAGCAUGACCUGUGCAGGUACUUCCAGUAUAGACACCACCUGUACAAUCUGGGGGCUGGAGACUGGGCAGGUGCUGGGGAGGGUCAACUUGGUGACAGGUCACGUCAAGACACAGCUCAUAGCUCAUGACAAGGAGGUGUAUGACAUCUCGUUUAGCCGAGCAGGCGGGGGCAGGGAUACGUUUGCCUCUGUGGGUGCGAAUGGCUCGGUCCGCAUGUUUGACCUCCGACACCUCAAACACAGCACAAUCAUCUACGACGACCCACAGCAUCACCCAUUGCUCCGACUCUGCUGGAACAAGCAAGAUCCCAACUACUUAGCUACCAUGGCGAUGGACAGCUUGGAGGUGGUGAUUUUAGACGUGCGUGUACCCUGUACUCCGGUAGCCAGACUCAACAACCACAGGGCCUGUGUGAACGGAAUCGCCUGGGCGCCACAUUCCUCCUGUCACAUCUGUACUGCAGGUUGAUGUCCGACCUGCAGCAGGGGCUUCUCCUCCUCAUCCUCCGUCUCUUGGACGUCUUCGGCUCCAGCCUCGAUGGCCAG